GGCUCCGCCCUCCCACUAUGCGGAACAGUUCUGAUACCUACACAACGGCAGGUUGACUGACCGUGGAGCCGGACUGUCAUUCCGUCAUUUCUGUGAAAGAAAACGGUUCUGGGAUUUCUUCAGGGAACUGCUGUCGUACUUUGGCCAACAUGUCGUCGGAUAUAACUAAAGGUGUGGAGCAUCUCUCAGUGGGUGAGCUGUAUGUGUCUGACAAAUGUGGCAGUGACCAAGAUGGUGACGGCUCGGAGCAGAAACCCUUCAAAACUCCUCUCAAGGCUCUGCUGUUUGCAGGCAAGGAGCCGUUCCCUACCAUCUAUGUGGACUCUCAGAAGGACGGAGAGCGCUGGGCAGUGAUCUCUAAGACACAGAUGAAGAACGCAAAGAAAGCCUUUAACCGGGAGCAGCUCAAGAGCGACGCCAAAGAAAAAAAAGAGGCUGAGGAUGUCGAGAGGAGAGAGAAGAACCUGGAGGAUGCCAAGAAGAUCACGAUAGAGAAUGACCCCAGCCUGCCUGUGCCUGAAACAGUUAAAAUCCGGCACCUGGAGGAAAAGAGGGGUCAGAGAGUGAAAGUGUUCGGAUGGGUGCAUCGCCUCAGGAGACAGGGGAAGAACCUGAUGUUCAUCGUUCUGAGAGAUGGAACAGGUUUCCUGCAGUGUGUCCUGUCUGAUAAACUGUGCCAGUGCUACAACGGCUUGAUGUUGUCCACAGAGAGCUCUGUAGUUCUGUAUGGGACUAUCACUGCUGUUCCUGAGGGGAAGCAGGCACCUGGUGGCCACGAGCUGCACUGCGACUUCUGGGAGCUGAUAGGAUUAGCCCCGGCAGGCGGAGCCGACAACCUGCUGAACGAGGAGUCGGACGUGGAUGUCCAGCUCAACAACAGACACAUGCUGAUCAGAGGGGAGAACGUCUCCAAGAUCCUGCGAGUGCGAUCCACGGUGACCCAGUGCUUCAGGGACCAUUUCUUUAGCCGAGGAUACUACGAGAUCACUCCUCCCACCUUGGUGCAGACUCAGGUGGAAGGCGGCUCCACGCUGUUUAACCUCAACUACUUUGGCGAGGAGGCGUACCUGACUCAGUCCUCCCAGCUCUACCUGGAGACCUGCAUACCAGCGCUGGGCGACACCUUCUGCAUCGCCCAGUCUUACCGGGCCGAGCAGUCUCGCACCCGCAGACACCUGGCCGAAUACACUCACAUAGAGGCGGAGUGUCCCUUCAUCAGCUUUGAUGACCUGCUGAACAGACUAGAGGACCUGGUGUGUGACGUUGUGGACCGAGUGCUCAAGUCCCCCGCUGGGCAGCUGCUGUACGACAUCAACCCGAACUUUGAACCCCCGAAAAGGCCAUUCAAGAGAAUGAACUACACCGAGGCCAUCGAGUGGCUCAAAGAGCACGACAUCAAGAAGGACGACGGCUCCUACUAUGAGUUUGGAGAGGACAUCCCAGAGGCCCCAGAGAGGCUGAUGACCGAUACCAUCAACGAGACCAUCCUGCUGUGUCGCUUCCCAGCAGAGAUCAAGUCCUUCUACAUGCAGCGCUGUCCAGAGGACAGGCGCCUCACCGAGUCGGUCGACGUGUUGAUGCCGAACGUCGGAGAGAUAGUGGGAGGCUCGAUGCGUAUCUGGGACUCUGAUGAGCUGCUGGAUGGGUACAAGAGGGAGGGAAUAGACCCAACUCCCUACUACUGGUACACUGACCAGAGGAAGUACGGAACAUGUCCUCAUGGGGGGUACGGCCUGGGUCUGGACCGCUUCCUAACCUGGCUGCUGAACCGACAUCACAUCAGAGACGUCUGUCUGUACCCACGAUUCAUCCAGCGGUGCCGACCCUGAGCACACACGCCCCUGUACAGCCAAGUCUCUGGAUCCCAGCUGCAGAGAAUCCACACAACCUCCGAACUCCAUACUGUCUCAUGAAACUUCAGCUUUUACCGUAGAAACAAUGUUUUUGUCCACUAGACUGACCCUGAUCAUGUCUGCCUCUGCACAUUUCUAAAGCAGGAUGUAGUCUGUGAUUGAACAGUGUUGGCUGGUCUCCUUGUCAUAGUGAUCCACAUGGGUUUCCUUUUUUUGAUUGUGUUGCAUGUUUGUUCUCAAGUUCAUAUUCGCGCUUAAAGCUGUUCAAUAAAAAACAACAGAGCAUUGGUGACACAUUUUGGAGCCUACCGUUUAUCACUGCAGGGACAAAAAAGAAGUUGGUGAUUUUAAGUUAUAAAUUCAUACUAACAAUCAGUAGAAGAACUUCUCCAGGACACUAUUUCUGGAUUUUGGGAAAGAUGGUACAUGGAAAAAAGGCAGGAAUCUGGACGUGUGUCUGAUGAGCAGCCUGCCUGCACCAGUGGAGCGUACCGUCUGUUCUGGAUCCAGAACAGCUUGUCCAACUACACUGAAAUAAAAAGCCUCCAAAGCGU